UGACUUUAUUGAUAAGUUUAAAAAACAUUAUAUACGGUAUAUAGAUAAAGUUUUUCAAGUGUGUCCUUAUUCCAAUUAUCCACGUUUAUCUGAGUUACAAGGAAGUUAAAGAUUUAGUUGGUAACAGGGUUUCUGCAAGGAUGAAAAUCGACAAUGGGAGUGAAGACGACUUCUGAGAUAAUUCGGGUCAAAAUCUCACUGAUGACCUCUCGGUUCACGGAUCGGACGUACGCUCGGAACUCUCUGAUUCUGGGCCUGUCCAACUUUUACGACGACAUUCGUUUGAUAAAAAGCGACCAAAGACAUUUCAUAGUUGACUGUGCUAUUGUCAUUGACAGCGACAUAGAACAGUUCUAAAUAAUCAGAUUGAUUCUGAAACAAAUUGAAAUUGUGCAGUGGGUUUUGUUUUUUUUUUUACUAACUCUUUUGUAUUAACAAUAUCAUCAUAACAAUAUUAUCAUUAGUAUCUGAAAAAAUCAUAGUCUAACAAGUUAUAAGAGUCUAACAACGCCAAUCAAACCAGAAUAUCCCGUGAAAUGGUAACUGAACAAAAUGGCAGUAUUUUGAAUGGUCUGGGCAGUCACCAAUCUUCCGAUGAAUAUGGAAACGGUGCGGAUGGGUACCAGCACACACACGACUACGUUUUUUACGAAAGGUCAAACUCUCAUGCAGCAACCUCCAAUUCAAAUUCAAGAGAGCAACCUCGAGGGAGGGACAGGGCUAAGAACAUAGCCACAGAGUACGGAAUUACAGUCAGUCCACCAAAGUACCGACAGUAUGCCAUCAAAGAUGUCCGUCUUGGUUCUUUCAAGAACUGGCCGAGUUGCUACAGGCAACGCCCUGAAGACCUGGCAGAGGCCGGCUUCUUUUAUACGGGGAACUUGGACAUUGUCUUCUGUUUUUAUUGUGGCCAGGGGUUGCAAGAUUGGAAGGACGAUGACAUACCUUGGUGUGAGCAUGCGCGAUGGUCGUCUGACUGUCCCUUCCUUCUUAACAUCAAGGGGCAAGAAUUCGUUCGUCUGGAACAACUAAAACAAAAUGACCCUGCUCAGUAUAAGGCUGAAAACGAGAAACAAGUGACAUUGGCAGAAAGUCAGCAAAAGAUCAGAGGUAAGAUGCGACAAGGGUCUGAUAGCGACUCGUGGAACAAUCCAGCCGUGGAAAGUUUACUUCAAAAUGGCUACAGUAAAGAAAUGGUGCAAAAAGCCCUUGUUCUUUUCCGCAAAAGAAACGGAGACAAUUCUUCCCUUUCCGCUCCUGAACUGCUUUCUCUAAUUUUCGACAUAGAGGAUGGAGUUGUGCAGGAGUGUGAAAUAGAGGAAAAGAAAGAGACUGAGCCCCAAGAUGAUGUGGCUGAAAAAGAGAACGCGCAGCUACGGAAGUCGGUAUACUGCCGGAAGUGCAAGACCAACCUCGUUUCCGUGGUGUUUCUGCCCUGUGGACACCUGUGCACGUGCACGGACUGUGGCCCCUCCGUCAAGUACUGUUUGAUAUGUAACCAGUUCAUCAAGGGAACCGUUCGCACGUACUUAGUGUGAGAACCGCGUGACCAUUCUGACCGCAUUGAUUGGCUUGUUUUGUCGUUUUCACAUUUUUAUUGUACUUUAAACCACAUACCGUAAUACUUUAACACAUUUCCCAUGCACGUUCUGUCAAAUUUAUUUCUGUUUUACAAUAUUAUGGCAUGACUAAUGUUGUUAUUUUAGUUCUUGUUGCAUUUGUAUUUUAGGAUUUUCUAUCUGUAUUGUGUAGGUCUAUUGGCAUUGAAUGGACUUCCGUUUUUAUUUUUGUUUGUGUAUUUGAUAUAUUCUUUCUAUGUAUUCAGUAUUUUUCACCUGCAAUGUAUGUUAACCAAAUAUUCGGAAUGAUGUUUUCAUUUGCAUUUAUUACAAGAAAUAAGCAAAUGAAAACACAAAUGAGAAAUGUACACACUUCCAAUUAAAACAACCUAUUAGAAUACAAAUGUGAAAUAUUGAAUACAAAAUGAAAAAUUAUCAAUCUAUCAUGUAAUUAGAAUUAGACCGUUCAUCUCACUUUUUGGUUUAUCUAUAAUUGAAAUUUUCACUAACGAUAAUAGGUCAACAAAUAGUGACGCGAAAGGUCAAAUUUUAAUAAGAUUGGAAAUUACAGAAAAAAUCAAAUAAAAACGGAAUGAUCUACAAGAUACAAAUAAAAGAUCAUAAAAUGCAUUACAUGUACGUAUAUCAACCAUGUAUUAAAGAAAACUACACACGCCAUUGGGUAAGAAGGAAAAUAACAACGUUUGCCAUACCAUAAUAUUGUAGAUAAAAAGACAUUUAUGUACGAGUAUAAAAAGUCUUAAUGUUUCGCUCUAAAGAUAUAGGGGGACUGUCAGUGUUUAGCUAAAGUGAUUGGCAUUUUGAAUAUUGUUUUUCAUAUAUUUUAUGCAGAUACAAAUAGAAUCAUUUGUCUUUUGUUUUGUUGGAAGCUGGGGUUAUUUGUAGCAAACCAGUAUUUCAAAAAUAAAGGAGGGGUGAGGGGUGAGAUAUAUAUACAUGUAAUUAAAAAAAUUUAAAAAAAUAUCAAAAACUUAAGGGUGCUUUCUUUGGAGUAAUGUCAACAGAUGAUAAUUUUAAAAUUCAUGUUCAUUGUGGUGAUUAAUAAAUAUAUAACUUGGUCAGUGUGUGUGUGCAGUGUGGUUAUUAAUAAAUAUAACUCAAUCAGUGUGUGUGUGUGCGGUGGCCUUUUUAAAAAUACAAUUUAUGUAAAAAAAAAUAUGAUUUAGCGUUUUAGUUGCGUUAGAAAAAAACAUUUCGAUAGCGAUAUUUCCGAUUUGUUCCAGAUUAUAGAAGUUUAUAUACUACUCAUAUUUAGUUCUAUACUUAGAGUUAUUUUGAUCCAAUCAAUAGUAUUAAAUAAUAACACAUUUUAUGUUUUGUAUUAAAAAUAACAUAUAGUCGUAUUUGUACUAAUGAUAUAACGAAGUUCUUUUUCUGAUCAAUUGCUUGUUGUGAGUUACAGUAAGAAAUAAAAA